CGCCAAACGUGUGUCACAUCUUUGAUAGCGCUCAAGACAAAAACACAACAGGGCUAUGGCAUUGUGUUACAGAUUACUGGGAGGCAAGCAAUUGUGUCGGAGCCUGGUACGCAAUUUAUACUCGCAGCCUGAUAUGGAGCGGUGGAGUGCACAGCAUCGUGACUUUGCUGUUGAAAGUUAUUUCAAGAAUAAAGACUCUGUUAUUGCUACCCAACGUCUGUUUUGGCAACAUUUCAACUUGGGAUGUCAUGGGAAAGUUCCAGAUGGAUGGACAAUUAUGAGGUGUCGAUGCAUUACACUAAAAGUAACAGAGGUUGAAUCUCCUGUCAAUGAAACCCACGAUGAGAGAAAUGCUAGGCUGGGUCGGCCACAGUCACCUCACCUUACCAUUUACAAAAUGCAACUAACAUCAAUGCUUUCAAUCACACACCGAAUGACAGGACUAGCUUUGAGUUUCUACAUGACAACUUUGGGUCUAGGUACUCUUGUAUCACCUUACCAGUUCACUGAUUUCAUCACUUGGAUGCAAGAACUGCAUUUGAAUCCAGCAGUAAUCACAGCCAUGAAAGCAAUGAUGGCAUUUCCUCUGGCAUAUCAUAUAUCCAAUGGUGUCCGUCACUUGGUUUGGGAUUUAGGAAAGGCACUGACAAUAAAGGAAGUGUAUUACACAGGGUAUACUAUGUUAAUUGCAGCAACAAUUGUGACAGCAUGGCUACUGUCACUGUAAUAUAAAAAGUCUUUCCUCAUAACAAUCACACUGGAAGUAGUGCUUGGUGUAGUGUGCUUAAAGAGUAUGCAGCAGCAUUUAUUUAUGAGGAGAAUGUGUGUAAAUCUGCAACACUUUUGUGUACAUAACUGCUUUGCAGAUUCUAACUCCAAUAUUAUUUUAAAAUAUUUGUGAAUUCAAGAAACCGUAGUAUAUGAUUAUGUAAUGGCAGGUAUUG